GUCGGGGAGCUUGUCGGGAGAUGCAGUCCGUGCGGUUGCUGUGGUUUUACUGGGUCGAAGCGGAGCUGUCAUCUUUGCUAGCUCUUGUCCUAUAGUGACUGUUUUUGUCAUGUCAAGAGCACGUCGUCCCCGCACAUCGCAGGACAGCUAACGGGUAUAUUUCUUCACACGUCCGCCGUCGGUGAGGGGGAGAAUAUAGAAAAUCUGGACGGAGAGCAGACGAGUGAGAUGAAAUGACAACGUCAACAUUACAGAAAGCGAUUGAUCUUGUGACCAAAGCCACAGAGGAAGACAAGGCAAAGAAUUAUGAAGAGGCCCUGCGCCUGUAUCAGCAUGCUGUGGAAUAUUUCCUACAUGCCAUUAAAUAUGAGGCCCACAGUGACAAGGCGAAGGAGAGCAUACGAGCCAAGUGUAUGCAGUAUUUGGACCGAGCAGAGAAGCUUAAGGAAUACCUGAAGAAUAAAGACAAACAGGGCAAGAAGCCUGUGAAGGAGGCACAGAGCAACGACAAGAGUGACAGUGACAGCGAGGGAGAGAACCCAGAGAAAAAGAAACUGCAAGAGCAACUUAUGGGUGCUAUUGUAAUGGAGAAGCCUAAUGUCAGGUGGAAUGAUGUGGCCGGGCUGGAAGGAGCCAAGGAAGCACUGAAGGAAGCGGUCAUCCUGCCCAUCAAAUUCCCUCACCUCUUUACAGGUAAACGGACUCCGUGGAGAGGCAUCCUCCUCUUCGGUCCUCCGGGGACGGGGAAGUCGUACCUGGCCAAAGCUGUCGCCACCGAGGCCAACAACUCCACCUUCUUCUCUGUGUCGUCAUCAGACCUCAUGUCCAAGUGGCUCGGAGAGAGUGAGAAACUGGUGAAGAACCUGUUCGACUUGGCCCGUCAACACAAACCCUCCAUCAUCUUCAUCGACGAGGUGGACUCGCUCUGCGGAUCCAGGAACGAGAAUGAGAGCGAGGCGGCCCGCCGCAUCAAGACGGAGUUCUUGGUCCAGAUGCAGGGUGUCGGGAACAACAACGAUGGUAUCUUGGUGCUGGGAGCCACAAACAUCCCCUGGGUUCUAGACGCCGCCAUUCGCAGAAGAUUCGAGAAGCGUAUCUACAUCCCGCUCCCGGAGGAACCGGCCCGAGCCCAGAUGUUCCGUCUGCAUUUAGGGAACACGCCGCACAGCCUGAGCGACGCCGACCUGCGGCAGCUCGCCCGCAAAACUGACGGCUACUCUGGCGCAGACAUCAGCAUCAUCGUCCGAGACGCUCUGAUGCAGCCGGUCCGGAAGGUCCAGUCCGCCACCCACUUCAAAAAGGUUCGCGGCCCGUCGCGUAGCAACAGCCAGGUAAUGGUGGAUGACCUCUUGACCCCUUGUUCCCCUGGUGACCCCGCUGCCAUAGAGAUGACCUGGAUGGAUGUGCCGAGUGAUAAACUACUGGAGCCCAUCGUGUGCAUGUCGGACAUGCUGCGCUCUCUGUCCACCACCCGUCCCACCGUCAACACUGAAGACCUGCUCAAGGUCAAGAAGUUCACAGAGGACUUUGGGAUGGAGGGCUGAGGGUCCAGACCAGCAGAAGGGUUGGACCUGCUCCCGAUAACACUCACCUCACCCGACCCCCGACCCCGUAGGCGUCCAUGACUCCGCCCACCACUCCGUUCACAUCCUCAUGGAUUUCAGAAUGAAACUGACGCUUUGAACAGAAGCAAACAAUCCUGUCAUCCGGCGUGAAAGUUUCAACAGUAGAACCCAUUUCAUACGUUCUGUUUCAAAGCUUUUCACUGCUCAACUCUUCCCCGUGACCCGCGCUGACAAAACAAAAGGUGCAUUGGAGCGUAAAUGCAGAGUUCAUCCCUCUCUGAGCCCGUUCUGUGACUGAAAGACUGUACUUAUUGUUGCCAUGGUGCACUUUGCUUUGGUUUUGCAACGAAGGACAUUUGAC